GUGCAUUACACGGUGGCCACACCACCCAAUGCGUAUAUUUCUGGGCCCUCCGUCCUCCACUGCCGCCGCAUCCCGCGCGCCUUGUACAGACCCCGCCACCACGCCCACCGCGGCCCCUGGCGCCACCCCAGGCCCCCGAGGCCACCACGCGCCUGGCGUGCCCCCGUAGUGGCUCCGAAUUUGUAGGCUCUUUGUGCGCCCUGCUGCGUCGGGACAUGCUCAGCGUGUUCCCAUCCUUCCCUCCCACCGCCCGCGUCUCUUCAUCUCCGCCCCGCCGCCACAUGUGCCUGCAGCACGUCGCUAGCGGGGCGAGAAUCCCGUCCGCCGUGGGCUGCUCUUGUAUUCCGUUGACCACAGCCGCGUCCGCGCGCCGCCGGGCCUGCCAUCGACGUUCCACACCCGCUGGCGCCCGGCUAGCCCGUUUCGGCCGCGUCGUCGUCUCUGUGCCACAGAGCCCGUGGUGGAAGCAGGGUGGAAGCAAAUCCCGAGGGCUUCCAACUGUGCCCUUCCUGAUCACCCAUCCCUUCCCUCCGCUCAUGCCUCCCCACCACCAGCCUGUACCGCUUUUCCGGUCUCCCUCGUCCCGAGCUCGUUCCCUCCCACUGCAGUCGCGUCCCCCCCUCCGGGGUUCGUCUUUCGGCUUGCCCGCUCGGAAUCCGGCUACUCAACCCGCAGGACACGACACAUUCAACAAGCGUUGGCCGACUUCGGGCCAGCUGAAUCUAAAACACUACUCACCGCCUUGGCAGGACCGGCCAACGGGUUGCGACAAUCUUUGCCCAACCCCGCGGACCGGGCCUCAGCAGACGGUCAGAUUGUGCGUGGUUCUAGCCUCCCGAACGCUGACUCACCGACGCGCCAUUGGCCGCAGCCAGCUACCAGCCCUACCGGCGGCCAACUCCGCUGCGACCACUCGCCGCCAGCCUCGCGGACGACGAUGACGUCGGGCGUGCACCGGCCCUCGACACGCGCACAAACCUUCGUCCCCAGCCGCCCACCCGCCCACGCGUCCCCUUCUCCCGCUCCAGGGUGCCCCUGGCGUCCGACGCGCUCUCUAGCCGCCUGCGCAACUGCCUCCUCCCUUCCCUCGCCGCUCGCGCCGCCUUCGCGAGUUCUGCGGCCGGAGAUCAUCGGCCCCAGCAUGCCGUGAACACGGGCCUCUCGCGUCUACGCAGGGCGUCCUGCGGCGCGGCAGUGGCACUCUGUGCGUCUGGGGCCGGACCAACU